AGGUGGUCUUUCAAUGAAGAUGGCUCUCACGAUUUGUCCAUCAUCCAUAUCGACAGUAUCAUUCGCGGCGCUCACUUGCUCCCAAUAUUCGGUACCCAGCUCGUACCACGCGGCCUUCGAUUCUACGAUUCUCUGGAUGUAUAUCGAGGAUUCUACGUAAAUCGGUUCAUUGAUCACCAUGCUUUCGAGCUGGCAUCUUAA